AUGCACCUCCUCUUCUUCCUCCUGAUCUAUCUUGGAUUAUGCUUGGCCUUAGGCUUUCCCAGUUUCAGUUCUUCGGUUGCCACUGACCAUGAAACUCCAUAUAGAAAACUGGGUAAUGCUCCUUGUCCGUUACAAUUUAAUUCUCUUCGAAAGCUCACGAGAGAGAGUUCUCAGCCUCUCUUGCUUCUUGAUGUCCACACCGAAUGCCAGUUCAUGCUUCAGGGAAUUCGGUUGCUUCGAUCGGAUUAUCUCCGAACUACCGGGUACUUCUUCCCGCCCGCUAAUUCAUCGGAGACAUGUUGGAAUUCGUACGAAAUUCUAAUCGAAGAGUCCGUACCUGGCUUUACUUUUCGAUCCACCUGUGGGUUUAAGACUAGUCUGAUGUCGGAGAGUUGUAUGAAUGUUACAACUCGGGCGCAGUUUGAAAGCCUCAUUUCUGAAUCUGAAUUGCAGAAAAUCAGGGAUAAGUGCAAUCAGUCUUUGGAUAAUACUUCACUUUGCGCGUCGUGUAGAGAUCGUUUGCCGAUCUUAAAUGCAAAUUUCUUUCUUGGGGCUAAAGAAGGAAAUGCAUCAGAUUGUGCUGGUUACCCAUUUGUGUACGCUGCUGCUUUUGCUAAUCGAUUUGGACCCACUGAUCUUGGGACCGCCAAGUGUUUGUUUUCGCUUGAUUUUACUUCUACUUCUAGAAACAGUAAGAAACAGAGGGUGGUAUUUUGGGGUGUUUUGGUAGGUUCUAUAAUUGGCUUAUUUGGAGCAGUUUUGUUUGGUUGGGUUUGUUGGAGAAGGAACAAGAAAUGGAAGGAAAAAAGGAAAAAUCUUGAUCCGAUUGAUGAGAGGGGUUUGGUUUCAGGGAUGGAAAUGGUUAGUGGAAGUAAUAGCGUGGUUAAGUUCACAUUCGAGGAACUAAAAGAGGCUACGAAGAGUUUUCACAGGGAUAAUAUUAUUGGGAGGGGAGGAUAUGGGAAUGUUUAUAAGGGGACAUUAUCAGAUGAGUCGGAAGUUGCAUUAAAGAGGUUCAAGAACUGUUCUGCUGCCGGGGAUGAGAUAUUUGCACACGAAGUGGAGAUGAUUGCCAGUGUAAGGCAUGUGAAUCUUGUUGCUUUAAGAGGAUAUUGUACUGUAACAGUGCCAGUGGAAGGCCACCAAAGGAUAAUUGUCUGUGGCUUGAUGCCUAAUGGAAGCAUUUAUGAUCAUCUUUUCGGGCCAGUGAUGAAGAAGCUUACUUGGCCGAUUCGUCAAAAGAUUUCCCUCGGAAUGGCCCGUGGGUUGGCUUAUUUACACUAUGGAGUGCAGCCUGCUAUCAUCCAUAGAGAUGUUAAAGCUAGUAAUAUACUUUUGGAUGAGACAUUUGAGCCUAAACUCGCUGAUUUUGGCCUCGCAAAGUUCACUCCCGAGGGUUUGUCACAUUUGAGCACUCGGGUGGCUGGGACUCUUGGUUAUGUUGCCCCUGAGUAUGCUUUGUAUGGACAAUUAUCUGAGAGAAGUGAUGUCUUCAGUUUUGGUGUUGUGCUUCUUGAGCUUUUGAGUGGGAAGAAAGCUGUGAUUUCAGCUAAUAGUGAAGGAGCUUUGCUUUUGACAGAUUGGGCUUGGUCAUUAGUGAGAGAAGGUAGAGCUAUGAAUGUUAUUGAUGAAGGCAUUCCUGAGUUGGGCCUUUCAGAAGUACUGGAGAAAUAUGUUCUUGUUGCAGUUCUUUCUUCUCAUCCACAAGUAUAUGCUAGGCCAACAAUGGAUCAGAUUGUGAAAAUACUCGAAAAUGAUUUUCCAGCUCCUUCCAUCCCAGAUCGUCCUCUCCCUAUUCUAGCAGAAAUUGCAGAAAUAGAGCAACGGGCAACUUUCAUGUCCAACAGCCCUUCUUGUCACGAGAAAUUUAUCUGUAAGAGUGAUCAUCCCAUUUUAGAUCGUUGGGAGAACGAAGGAAGUUCACAGUAGAACAUGUAAAGCAGAUGCUUGGACACAUUCGCUUUCCUCUGCCACUGCCAUACUUGUUCUAUAGAUGAAAUCAAUACAGAGAAACUUGGUAAAUUAUUUUGAACCAUCAGAGAAAAUAAGCUAACAAAAUAGCCUAGCUGUCAGCAUUUUUCUGCACAAGCCUUCGUUUUCAA